AUGGCUACCCCUAGUGUCCUCGCUUUUGACGCUGAGGGUCGGGCCGUUGACUUUGACGUCUGGAUAGAUGACCUGCAGCUUUUCUUACAGUGCGAUAGGGCGGACGGUCUCUCCCUCUUUGACCUUACCUCUAGUGCAUCUCCUGCCCCUGCUGCUGAUGCUGACGCCACUGUCCGCUCCCAGUGGGCCACGCGCAAUGCUGCUGCACGUCUUGCUGUGCGUCGCCACCUCCCUACCUCUGAGCUUAGGGACCACUCCCUCGCAGUGUGCCCCACCACUGUCAUCGUUGACCUCCUCGAGAAGGCCCUCCUAGCAGCGGAGAAGAGCAUAGUCGCUGUAGGAGCCUCUCGUGGUGACCCACGCACCCUUGUCUUUGAGGGGUGUUCUCCCUCUCCCCUCUUGCCCUCAGUUGCUUCUGCUGCUGCAGCCGACCUCGUUGGUUUUGAGUCGGUCGGCGCUGCGUCUGCCCCUUUGGGGAAGCGCCACAUAGGCAAGGGCAAGGGGGGCAAGGGCGCUGGAGGAGCUGGUGGGGGCGGUGGAGGCGGCGGUGGAGGCGGCGAAGGGAGUGGGGGUGGUGGUGGGAGUGGUGGAGGGGGUGGGAAUACCGGUGGCAGCAGUGGAGGCGGAGGCGGAGGCGGCGGUGGCGGAGGGAGCGGAGGCGGCGGUGGUGGCGGAGGCGGCGGCGGUGGCGGAGACGGUGGAAGUGGCGGAGGUCACGGUGGAGCAAGUCGCGGUUCUACGCAGAGGAGUGGCUCCUAG